AUGGCUGUCGACCGUGCGCCGAUUGUAGACCGCGUGGGAAGAAUCCUAGAAGAGAGUUUAUCAAAGUAUAUAAAUGGGACUGCAUUAGAACUGGAGAGUGAGAUUGUGGAUGAUGUCAUUGGCGCUGUUGAUGAGGUUUUAGCUGCUUUUGGGGUUGGGCUUGUUGGGGAUGACUAUGAAGGAUGGGAUAUUGAUCCCGAAUCAAUGAGACGGGAACAACAGGUGAAUGGCUGGGAUGGGGAGCGAGGAAAUGAGGUUGUGGAUGGUUCGAGUGGUCAGAAUGGAAGUGGUCAAGCUAUUGAUCCUCCAGCCAGUGAUAAUGCUGAUUUACCUGGGCAGCAACGAGCAGAUUCGGCCGCGACGAUUGUUGCACCUACUGAAGGCAAGGUUACUGGUACCAUGCAAGAGGAGCGAGAAUAA